UUUGCUCGGUUUGGUGGUGGUUUGUUAAUUUGUUGUCUGAGUUUGUGUUUAUCAUAAUAUCAUAAUUAUUAUUCAGCUUUAGCAUCUUUUAUGCCUGGAAUAUGAUAUACCUGCAUGACGUUCAUUUCCAAUAUUAUGCCUGUUGAAGUUUUAAAAUGUGUGAAUUGUAUAAAUAUGGCUGGUGUAGAAGAAGGUGAAAUACCAAGGGAAUUUAUCGAGUUUGAUUUUGCUGAAGAUGCUUUAGAUUUCGAGUUACGCAAGUAUUUAAUUGCUUAAAUGGAACGCCCCCCCCCCCCCCCCCUAUGUCUUAAUCGCUGGGCUAUAACUGUCUUGUGAAAAAACCUGCAUGACUGAAAGAUAUUCAAAGGGAUUAUGGUUUGCGGAAGUAAAUGCGGCUGUAGUGCUUUUUGUCGUCGACUUUUUUGCCGCGCUCGACCCUCAGAGACCAAUGCCAAUGAAGAGGCAAUACCAGUUACAUCGACCCAGUUAGCAGAGGCACGUGACAUCAAAUUCACACAAAACCUGACUGAACCAUUAUCCAUAGGAUCUCAUAUUGUAUGUACUGGAACGCCUAGUGACGAUUUACCAUGGUUUGCUGUGAAUAUAGGCUGUGGAGAUCUGGAGACAAGUCGCGGAGACAUCGCCGUCCACUUCAACGUUCGUCUGCCGCAAUGCUACGUAGUACGGAAUACCAGGCGACAUGACAAAUGGGGAUCUGAAGAAACGACGGCUUAUAGGUUGUUCCCCUUCAAGAUCAAUCGACCAUUCUCAAUAGAGAUCUUAGUUGACGAGAAGGAAACGCUAUGGGCAGUGGACGGGGAGCAUUACUGCAGUUACGCACAUCGGAACCCGAGCGCUCUGAAUGCGAACUGGGUGCAAGUCACCGGCGUCAGAGAUGCAGCUCUGAAAAUACAAAAGACUGACGUCUACCCAACGCUGGCGCCGGCACCUAUUGAUGUUCCAAUUAGAAGUAGUUUGUCGGAACCAGCGAAAGAUGAACCAACUUGGCGACCCAAUAUCAUUGCUACGCUGACUAAUGGCAUUCAAGAAGGACACCAACUAGUUAUCAUUGGAAGACUUCGUCCACUCCUGCACUCGUUUACGAUCGACUUGAUGGACUGCGGUCGCGAAUGGCCGCGAGCCAACAUCCUGCUGCACGCGAACGUGCGCGCGCACGUGGAGUCGCAGCUCGCGCGUCAGCUCGUGGUGCUCAACGCGUGGCUCGGCGCGUGGGGGCCCGAGCGGCGACAGCGCACCGCCCGCCUAGUACCCGGCACUAAGGCGACAUUCCGCAUAGUACGUAAUCCAGCGGAAUGGUCCGUAUUCGCCGACGACGUUCUCAUCGGCGAGCUGGAGUACCGCGCGGCGGCGAACGGCGUGCGAGCGAUGCGCAUCCGCGGCGACCUGUACCCGGACCAAAUAUACGUCUGUCCCGCCACCGACUCACCUCAGGAAGAAAUAAAGGCUAGUUUUUAAGCUUACUUCGUCACUACAGAUCUGCAACAAAGGUUUACAUUGUUUUUGGAAAAUAUUUGCUAAACACUUGUCUGUGUAGAGCUUUGUCAAUUAUAGCAAACUUAGAAGUUAUAAUAAGAAAUAAAUGUAUUCGAAAUAUUAUAAGUACUUUGGUGCAAACGACGUGCAAGCUUACGAAAAUUUAUUUGUCACUUACCACUUAUAAUAUUUGUGGCGAUUUUAAAAAUACAUUUGUCUCGCUACCUAUUCAGCGCAGGAAUGAUAGUUCUAAGGCUUAGCGUUUGACUAAUAAGUAAUAACAUUUUUUUUUGUUAUAAAAUAGGAUUAAGGAAUUAAUAAGGCAAUGAAAUGUAUUCGAAAUAUUGCAAAAGCUUUAAAGUUGUAUAUUAGACUGAUUUAUUGACAUUACCUUGGUUACCAUUGAAAGCGGGAUGGAAAUAUUUUGAUAUUAUAGUACUUUACUACAUUUAUAAGUUCCAUAUUUUAAUUUUUUUAAGGUUUUUAGAAAUCCUGUGGUGAACUCCUUGAUUUUCCAGGAUAACUACUAUAUUAUAUAUUUUGGAUUUCAUGUUUCAAUUUUUUUCCCUGAAAUCCUAAUUCUUUUCCUAAAAUACAAGUAACCUAAGUUUCACCUUAUAACAUCUAAGUUUCGUCAAAAUCGAUCCAGACGUUUUGGAGCUAAACCGGAAUAAAUAGACCGUUAUAUUUUCAUAUGCAUUUAAAAUAGAGUUGUUUUUCUGACUUUACAAACAGCACUUUAAUUUUAUUUAUAUGUAUAGCUGAUAAUAAGUUAACAAAAUGAAUUAAAAACAUAGGUGUAAUAACACAAUAUCUAAUUCUAAUCUUUGCAUUUUUGUUGAGGUGUUUACGAGAUUAAUGACUCUUCUUUUAAUUUAUGCAUUUAUUUAUGUUGUAUUAUAAUUUACAAAUCUACGAUCUUGAUUAUCUGCUUGAUUGUGAUAUACUAAAUAACGUUCCAACCACUACCAAUCAGCACAUGGCCAGUGAGGUGGAGUACAGCUCUAACUCUUCUCAUUCUGAGAAAUCUGUGCUCAGUAAUGGGCCAGCAAUGGGAAGUGAUGAGUUGUUCCAAUGCAAAGAAUACGAAGUGCAAGUGUAUGUAAUAUAC